AUGGAUUAUAGACUGCUGCUGCCGUUGUUCGGUCUCGUCAUCUCAGCUCUGUACUACGUGGCGAACAAUCUCAAUCAGAAGAGGAAGUUCGCUGCCAAAGAGAAAGAACUUCAAUGUCGCGACGCGCCUAUGUAUCCUGGAGGUGGAUUCCUCGGCAUCAACCAUGUGAAGGAAAUGAUGGCCGCCGACCAGAACCAGGCUUUUCCUGACUUGUUGAUCCGACGACAGGAGAAGAUGAAUGCAGUCACAGGCCGGAUUUGCGACACCUUCCGGACGGAUGCUUUAGGCCAGACGAUGUACUUCACGUCGGACCCGAAGAACAUACAGGCAAUGCUCGCAACCCAAUUCGAGGACUAUGACCUUGGACCGGCGCGACGAGGCAAUAUGAUCCGCACGUUGGGCGACGGGAUCUUCGUCCAAGAUUUCAAGCAGUGGGAGCACAGUAGGCAAAUGCUACGACCAAACUUCAUCAGAGAGCAGGUGUCAGAUCUUGAUCUCGAGGAGCGGCACGUGGAAAAUCUCCUGAAGGUUCUGCCCGUUGGACCGGACGGCUGGACGGCGGAAACCAACAUUCAGCCGCUCUUCUUUCGUUUGACAAUCGACUCGGCAUCCGAGUUCUUGUUCGGCGAGUCUGUUGAUAGCCAAAUUGCCGAAUCGGGUGCCAACAGCGAGAAAGACGAACUUGCUUUCAGUAAAAACUUCGACAGUGCGCAACUACAUAUGGCAAAGAGCUUCCGAUUUGGCGAUCUGUAUUGGCUCCACAAUCCCAAGGAGUUCAAGCAGAAUAACAAGGUUGUCAACGAGUUCGUUGCACACUACGUCAACCUCGCCCUACAGCACAGUACGCAAGAGAAGAAAGCCGAAGAACGUGCGCGUGACAGAUACGUCUUCCUCGAGGCUCUUACAGAACAGACACGCGAUCCCGAAGAGAUCCGUGCACAGCUUCUCAACAUUUUGCUCGCUGGACGUGACACUACGGCAUCCCUUCUCUCUUGGCUGUUCAAACUGCUACUGCGAAACCCACAGGUCUUUCAAAAGCUUCGCUCGACCGUGAUCGACACUUUCGGCACCUACGAAGACCCGCAAGACAUCACCUUCGCAACCCUCAAAGGCUGCCAAUACUUGCAACACACCAUCAACGAGGCGCUUCGUCUGUGGCCUGUCGUUCCGGGAAACGCUCGGAGAAGCAACAAAGUGACGACACUUCCCCGUGGAGGUGGGCCAGACGGCAAGAGUCCGAUUCUGAUCCCACCGCAAACGGACGUGAAUUACUCAGUCCAUGUGACUCAUCGUCGGAAAGACAUCUGGGGCCCCGACGCCGACGAGUUCAAGCCGGAACGGUUCGCUGGUAGGAAGCCGGGUUGGGAGUUUCUUCCGUUCAAUGGUGGACCGAGAAUCUGUAUUGGCCAGCAGUUUGCACUCACUGAGGCAAGCUACGUGACUGUUCGUUUGCUGCAACGCUUCGAUGCCAUUCAGCCCGGACAACAUGAGCUUGAGGACGAACCGAUGAGGAGCGCCCUGACGCUCACAAAUAGUCCGGCGAGGGGUGUUAUGCUUAGAUUGCACGAAGCCAAGUCGUAA